UAAAAUCCAAUUUGUCAGAUGGUCCACGGUGUUCUAACUCCCACCACUAUAAAUUUACACUCGCCACCAGUUCUAAAUCAAACGAGGUCGUUUCAGUUUCCACUUUCCACUUUCCACCACCCUCAGUCACACCCCAGCCGAAGCAAUCGCCGAAGCUCCUCCAAUGGAGACAGAAAUCGACGGCAACGUCCUGGCGGCAAGGUCACUGGCGAAAUUCGGAGUGGAGCACAUGUUCGGCGUCGUGGGAAUCCCUGUGACUUCCCUCGCCAACCGCGCCGUCUCCCUAGGCAUCCGCUUCAUCGCCUUCCACAACGAGCAGUCCGCGGGCUACGCCGCCUCCGCCUACGGCUACCUCACCGGACGCACUGGCGUAUUCCUCACCGUCUCCGGCCCCGGCUGCAUCCACGGCCUCGCCGGUCUCUCCAACGCCACCGUCAACACCUGGCCGACUCUGAUGAUCUCCGGCUCGUGCGACCAAACCGAUUUCGGCCGCGGCGAUUUCCAAGAACUCAACCAGAUCGACGCCGUUAAACCCUUCUCCAAGUUCUCCGUCAAAGCCACACACAUAUCCGAAAUCCCUAACUGCAUCGCUCAAGCCCUCGAUUGGGCCGUGUUGGGCCGUCCCGGUGGAUGCUACUUGGACCUCCCCUCCGAUGUGUUACAUCAAAAAGUAUCGGAAUCCGAAGCCCAGAGGCUUUUAAUUGAAGCGGAAAAGAACCGCGCGAAAAGUGAGGUUCCUUUUUCUGUUCCCAAUUCUAAGAUUGAGGAAGCUGUUACUCUCCUUAGACGCGCGGAGAGGCCUUUGAUUGUGUUUGGAAAAGGAGCAGCUUAUGCACGCGCAGAACAUGCUUUAACGAAGUUAGUUGAAACGACGGGUAUUCCGUUUCUUCCUACUCCGAUGGGGAAAGGGUUGUUGCCGGACACUCACGCGCUUGCGGCUACUGCUGCGAGGUCACUGGCGAUUGGUAAGUGUGACGUAGCGCUUGUGGUUGGGGCUAGGCUCAAUUGGUUGCUCCAUUUUGGGGAGCCACCCAAGUGGUCUAAGGAUGUGAAGUUCAUAUUGGUGGAUGUGAGUGAGGAAGAGAUUGAGCUGAGGAAGCCGUGUUUGGGGUUGGUGGGAGAUGCUAAACGCGUAAUUGAGGUUCUGAAUAAGGAGAUUAAGGAUGAUCCGUUUUGCUUGGGGAACACGCAUCCCUGGGUGGAAGCUAUUUCGAACAAGGCUAAGGAGAAUGUGUCUAAGAUGGAGGCUCAGUUAGCUAAGGAUGUCGUGCCCUUUAAUUUCUUGACGCCCAUGAGGAUCAUACGGGAUGCUAUUCUCGCUGUGGGGACUCCUGCUCCUAUAGUCGUUUCAGAAGGCGCCAACACGAUGGAUGUGGGUCGCUCUGUGUUGAUUCAGACCGAACCCAGGACGAGGUUGGAUGCAGGAACGUGGGGGACGAUGGGGGUUGGUCUUGGUUAUUGCAUUGCCGCCGCGGUGGCUUCUCCUGAACGCCUUGUUGUUGCCGUUGAAGGGGAUUCUGGAUUUGGAUUUAGUGCUAUUGAAGUUGAGACAUUGGUUCGGUACCAGCUGCCUGUGGUUGUGAUUGUUUUCAACAAUAGCGGUGUAUAUGGUGGCGACCGUAGAAGCCCAGAGGAGAUAAAUGGACCUCACAAAGAUGAUCCUGCCCCCACAUCUUUUGUCCCGAAUGCAGGGUACCAUGUUUUGAUUGAAGCUUUUGGUGGAAAAGGCUAUCUUGUUGGGACUCCUGAUGAACUCAAGUCUGCUCUUUCACAAUCCUUCUCUGCUCGGAAACCAGCUGUAAUAAAUGUCGUGAUUGAUCCUUAUGCUGGUGCAGAGAGUGGAAGGCUGCAACACAAGAAUUGAUUUACUUUAAUUAUCAAAUGCUUUACAGCAUCCUUUCACUUCAUUUACUGUGAUUUACUCGUUGGUUUUAAAUAACACUAAAAUUGUACUUCAGCCUUUCAUGCUUGAAUUUUCUGUUGUACCAUAGUCAUCAUCAAAUAUAUUUUAACUUCAACAUAUUAAAUUCUGUAGUAGCCUCAAAUUUUGAAGGGUUUCAGUACCCUUUUUUAUGGGGAUUAAUCGUAAUUUAACAUGUGUACCUUAGCUAGUGAACCCAGUAACUGUUGCACCUGAUUGUCACCACCAUACCUGCUCACCGCUGAUGAGCUGAUUGUCACCUUCCUUACCUGCACUGCAAAGGUAUUAUUUACAGACCCUGUUCUCAAGUAUGAUUUUCUUUUGAAGAAAAGCUAUGAUCGAUUUAUAUUUUUAAUCACUUGUAGGUAUUUAUUUAAUUGUUGUAUUUUAUUAGAUAAUUUGAAUGUCAUUCACAAUGUUGAAUAUCAAUUGUGCAUACUUAGCAAAGGACAGAGUUAGAAUCCAAAUAUGGGCCAGAUAUGAAAAUCUUUUGUCAAAGCCUUAGUCUCUUUGGUAAAUGAAGGAAAUGAUCUAAAUAUUCUGGUCUGGCUACUAUCAUGCCUAGGAAACGCCAAAUGUAAAGACAAACCAAGCUAUAAUUUGCUUUGGUGAAAUUUUGCAAGUUCUAACGACCAUAAAUGUUUCUUGUUAUUGUUGUUAUUAUUACUAUUUUAUGUGGUGUGUGUAUGUUUGCAUUGCAACUUUUGUAAACUAGUUAAAUUUCAAGUGGGCUUGAGAUGCAGAGUUACUGAUGUAUCUGCAGAGACAAAUACAGGGACACGGAUUAAGGUGUCAAUAUUUUCAUUGAGCUAAUCAUGCCAUGCUAAAAUGAUACUGAUGGCUUCUGAAUUUUGACUGCGCAAACUAGGCAGGUAGGAGCAAGCAGAUAUUCUCUCAAGUGCUUUUGAUGGCCAGUGGAAUCCACAGUAUCUGGCAGUAAGUGAGGAAGCCUAUAGUUCUUUCAUUUGUUUGUUCUAUCAUUCACAAACUGACCCGUGUGCUUUGCCAGCAACAUUCAAACUGCAUUGUAUGUAGAAUCAGUUUCUUACUAAAUUGGGUGCAUGAACUCUAGUCAUAUCACAUUGAUUUUCCCUUCUUACCCUUUUAAAACAACACUUUUGAUAAGGUUAAUUGUGAGCGUCGACAGAUUCAAGCUCUUCAUCACUUCAUCUUCCAAUUUCUGUCUUCCAAACAUGGUGCCAGAUUACAUGGUUGCUCAAACCUUUAAUGCCCUUGGGUCGUGAAACUACUUGUGCGAGGUGGCCGCCCUUACUAAAGGGGUUAACCAAAGUCCACAUUCCUCACCUUUCACAAACGUACUUGGUUUUUGGGAACCCACAAUCUUCACCUUAGGGCCAUUUGGUUUGAUAAAACUUCUAUUUAUAAUUAUAUUUUUUUAUUACAAUAAUAGAUAUUGUUUUUAAUGUUAUUAUAUUUUUAAAUGUGAUUCUUGAUGAAUGAUUUGUUAUUUGAAUAUAAAUUAAGAUUUUUCAUGUAAAUAUUGAUAGAUUUUAAAUUUAAAUUGAUAAUUAUUAAAUUUUACUAGUCACAGAUUUUUUUAAAAAAAAAUAAAGACUCGAUUAUCUUAUGUGAAUUAACUUGUUCAUUGCCUGGUUGAAUUGGUUUGGAUUGCAUGUUAACAAAU